GAAAGUCACCUGAUUCGUCUUUCAAGAUGGCCGCGGCACUAGGCUGCUCAGCUUGGGGAAUGCAAUCAGUGCGGACCGUCCCAUAGCCCCUGAGUGCGCAGGGGGAGCCGGACCGAUCCACCACCCCUGGGUCUUCCCUAAGAGCUGUGUGUCUAGUGCAGGGCAGGGCAGGGCAGGGCAGCCUGGCCCAUCCCAUCCGACGCGGAUCUCCUGAUCUCCACUCAUCCCAGGUGCACUGAGGGAAGAUUUGCUGUGACUUACCUCUGGAUGGUUUUUCUUUUCUUCCUUUUUUUUUUUUUUUUUCCUUCCUGUCCCCAGGAGUCCAGUCACAGUGGGAUGAUGCAUCCAUUUGGUAAUGAGGAAGCAGCCUCUCUGGAACAUCUUUUCUGGUUUUUUUGUAAAUGUGUGCAGCGGGGAGACUGGGAGCUAGCACAGGCCUGUAUUCCUCAGUUACAUCUGUGGCAGGGGGAUGGCUCUGAGAAAGUUACAGCUAUUCUGCAGGCUCUAAUAGCUUGUCCAUCUCAGUUAAGGUGUGGACAGAAUUACAGCCCUCAGAGACUUGCUUGGCUUUGGCUCCUUGUUCUCAAGAAAUGGCUGGUGUGGGAUCAGAAAAUAAUUCCAGCUGUUCUCCAGAGAGAAACUGAAUUCUUACUCCUCUUAGAAGAACUGCAAAAGGAUGUCUCAGAUGAAGUCCUAAAGGAGCUGUUCGAAGCAUUUGAAUGUGUCCAGAGCAAGCAUGAAUCGGACAGAAAGAAAAGAGAUGGCCGCACUUACAGAUUCAGUGUGGAAGCAACCUCUGCUCUCCGGAAGCUUUUGUUGAGGGCUCCCCGGCAGGCACAAGCCCUGCUGGAGUUCCUGCAGGGAGAACCUGGCACACCCAGCUCUGCACUCCAGCACAGCUGCUGUCUGCAGAAUAUCUACGUUGACUUUCUCCGUGACUCCUUAAAAUCUCUGCAGAGGCUUCAGCGGUAUCCCAAAUCCUCAGGAGAAUUGGAUCAGAGUGAGACAGUAGAUGCUAUUUACAGUGCCCUUAGCGUGUUGCAUUUUGAAGUGGAGCAUCAGACUGGCGAGCUCCGACACUUGUGCAGGGAGCUGUUGGAUGCUUGCUGGGCUGAAGGAAGCCCACUGAAGGAAGAGAGGUUACUGGACUGCAUACUGAGGAAGCAGAGCCAUGCCUUGCUCAGUCUGUACAGCAACGUCUUCACAGAGAGGACAAGAGAGAAACUGCUGGGGCCAAAGUUGCCAGGAAAAGGUUCAUCUGAGCAGUUGGAAACAGAGCGGGUAAUGCUGGCUUUGUUCUCAGAGCCUGAAGAGGUUUAUUCUUGGAAGACUGCCUAUUUCUACUGCCUGAGCAGCAGCAAGCACUUUCUGGAGCAGAUUCUGGUGAUUGCAUUAACACUAUUAAAAAGGGAAGACUUCUCAGGCUUGAGCAGCUUACUGAGUCGAGAAUUCAACCCCCUCAGCCGUCUUCUAGUAUUGCUAGGGUGGACUCACUGUCACAGCUUAGAAUCAGCAAAAAACUUGUUGUAUGCUCUUCACAAAACUCAGGGUCUGUGCAAUGACUCAGUAUUAAAAGAGUUCUGUGAUGGGCUGUGGGCUCAAGUGGAGGUUCUUGAAUGGUGCACACAGCAAAACAGUAUUACUAUCCCAAAGAAGAUUCUUUUGCAACACUUGUACAGUCUGGAUUGCCACUCUGCACUCUACUCUCUUCAUCACCUCACCAACCUUCUGGCCCUGAAUGAAGAGGAUGUCAUUGAGCUUCUUCAGAAGGUUCCAGCCAGAGACCAGCAGACAAAGGCAGUGCCGGUUCCCAGCCUCCUGAGUCAGCAACGCAACCUGGUGCUCUUCUGGGCAUUUUGCGCCAUGAAAUAUGCAAUCUAUGCACUGUGUGUGAAUUCGCACCGUCAUUCAAAGUGCAAGGACUGCAUGCACAGCCUUCUCAGUGACCUCCCUGUGGACUCAACCCCUCUUAAAGACCCACCAGGAGAUCGGCCUCCUUGCCUAGAUUGUCCAGCUAUUUUUCCUCAGUAUCUUGCCAAGUGCCAGCAGUUCUUACGGCGUGUCCCUGCUCCUCUGCAUCUGGAGCUUCUGGAGAACAUCUUCUCCCUGCUUUUUGUCUCCUAUAGUGACCUCUACACAGAGACUCCCCUGCUUGAGGACUAUGCAGAAGAGGACGAUAUUGUGAAAAAGAGCUGUGGUGCUGGGAACUUGGAUGGUAGUGCCAGCCGAGAGUCUUCCACCUCAGAAAGUCCACAGCACCCAGCAGAGCCUGAAAAGAAGGCAGAGAGACAUCCUCAGGCCCCCCGGACAGUCUACCAUGAUACUCUGCUUGGCUCAGAAUUGAGUGGUGAGACCUGUGAAUCCUCCAGGCUGAGCUAUCUAGAUCUGAAACAUUUUGCCAGUGGUGUCAGUGGAUUUUUAGUGGAUGACCUGGCAGUGGAUGCCUUCCUCAAGAUGCUCCUCAACCACCUGGAAGAAAUUCAAAGUUCUCUUCCAUGGGAUUCGAGUAACGUGCCCCAUGAGGAGCUGGAGUUGGUGGAGUGCUUGAAUUUCUCUGUGAAUAGAGAUGUCUUUGGGAGCAGGGUGCUGCAGUUCUCCAAAUACCUCUCUGAAGCUCAAUGGAGAUACAAAGUAGUGAUGAGUAAUAGAAACACAGAAAAUCAGCUUGCAGCCUCCAAGAGACACUACUCCUUAACCAGACGCUCCAGCUUGAGGAAGCGCCGUCAAACUCAAAGAUGGAGGAUGGAUUGUAAAGAGGGCACUUCAAGUCAAUCACUGGAGAGUACAAGCAGUGAAUUGAGCACCAGCACAUCAGAGGGAAGUACCAGUACUGUGUCUGGCUGGAGUGACCUGGAAUGUAGGCUGAAGCCUCAGCAGCAGAACCUCCUCAUCCCUAUGAUGCUCUCCCCACCUGAGUCGCUCCUAGUCUCCUGUAUCCUGAGGGGGAACUUUAUAGAAGCCCAUCAGGUGGCUUUGAUGUUUAAUCUGGAGUCUUCGGCUUGCUAUGGUGAGCUGGUUUUCAUGGAACGCUAUCAAGAGGUGGUGCGGGAGCUCGCAAAAGUGGAGCAUAAAAUUGUGUAUCAGUCAGCUGAUGGUAUUGGAGGAAUCAGGAGAUCUGGCAGUGGCCGCUCAACGCUUCAGGCUAUUGGGAGUGCAGCAGCGGCAGGUAUGGUAUUUUAUUCCAUCUCGGAUGUUACUGAUAAGUUGCUUGCCACCUCUGGAAGCCUUGUCCCUACUCUCCAAGAAAACUUUUGGACUAGCAGCAUCCAGCUGGAGCAUACAGAUCCUAUGAGUGAAGUUGUGGCAGAUCUCAGCCCUUCAGCAAUGGCAGCAUUUGACUUAGCUUGUACUCAGUGCCACCAGUGGAAAACCUGCAAACAGCUGUUGGAAACAGCAGAGAGACGAUUACAUAAUAGCUUUGAAACAAGGGGCCGCAGACUUGACUUCAUUCUACUUCACUCUGAUGGCAUAAGGGGUUUCCCAGCAGUUCUUCAACAAAUAAAUAAAAUUCUCAACUAUCCUUGUAUGUCGCAAGGACAAUCCAAAUCAGAGGUCUCAGAUGAAAAAAUAAGUAAUCAGUUUCGAUGCAAUAUUGUGGACCUUCUGCAGAUGUGCUACCCAGCUCUGACUGAGGACUGUAUUGCUAAUCACAUUGCUUUAUCGCAGCACCUAGAUCAAGUCCUGCAAACACUGACGGAUGUUGAAGAUUCUCCAGACUCCAAAGGGAGCCUGAUCACCAGCUUGGUAGAACAGGCAUCUCUGAAGCCUACAGAGUUGGAGGCACAUCCGGUUCGUAAUCAAAUCCAACUUCUGCUGAAAACCCUGGACCAACACAUUCAGACCAUGCCAGUGAGCAGCGUGCAGACAGACUGUGUGAAGAGCUUCUUUGAUUAUAUUAACACGCUGGCUGCUGUUGUGCUACGGAGCCUGAAUACAGAGCUAGAUCAAACUGCAGAGGUGAAGGUGGGGAACCCUUUCAUACUGCUACAGCAGAGCCCAUCUCACUUGCUCUCUCUGCUCUUGUUUGAGAGACAAGUUCCUCCUGACAGGCUCUCUUCACUGUUGGCAAAAGAAGAGUUGAACUUAAAUGUGCAGCAAGUUAUCAUUAACUGUUGUUGUGAGCCACUGUCCUUGUGCAGUACCAGGCAAAGCAGCCAGACCAGGUCUCUUUUGACUAACAUCAGCAGCCUAGCACAUCUUCAUGCCUACCAUUGUUUGCCAGAUGUUGAGAUACCUAUCCACAAUCCAGCUAUGGACUCUGAGGAGGAUUCUACUCAGCCGUCUUCCUCCCUGGCUGACUUGAACCAGCACUCACUCACUGCCUCUUCCCUGGCCUUCCUGAAGUGUCAGUCAAAGCUAAUGGCCACUGUGGCAUGUCUCUGUGCAUCCAAGAUACAGAAGGUCCCCAAACCAAGCCUGUCAUGGAUGGAAUUUCGGGGCAAGAGGGAGGUCCCCUUGGGCCUGGAGCAGAUUUUCAAAGAGUGUGAGACAUUACUGAAGGAGUUCUUGAUACUGGAGAAUUUUCUUCUCACCAUGUCUGAGCCACUUCAGGAUCCCCAGGAGGAGGGUAGUGGUUUGGUUAGUGGCCUCUGUGGCAAACCGUACAUGUCGCUUGUCCUCUUGGGCUUGCAUUCUGCCAUGGCUGUCGAGGUAUUAAUGGAAGUCUUUGAGCAAGCGCUCGCUGCAAAGGACUGGCCCAGAGCCCUGACGGUCUUGGACCUGUACAGUCAGGAUAUGGAGGAGCUGACCAGCGUGAGGGAUGCUGUGCUGAGCUGUGCAACAGCUGACGAUAAGGAUGGUUGGCAGUAUCUGUUCCCAGUGAAGGAUGCAAUGUUGAGAAGUAGAUUGGCCCUGCACUGCGUGGACAGGUGGCCCCUUGAGGCUUGUCUGGAAAUCCUAGCUUACUGCAUCUGUGAUCCUGGCAUAACUGAAGAACUGAAGUCUGAUCUGCAGAGCAAAACAGGAGAACUGCAGGUUUAUCAAAAGAUUUUGAAUUUGCAAGAUGUCCCAACGUGGAAUGACUGGCAAGACCUGAAAGAAGCCUGCAUUGAUGAUCCCCAGGCCAUCAUGAGUGUUAUUCUGGAGGCAAAGGAUUAUGAGUUGUGUGAAGAAUGGGGUCACUUAUACCCUGUCCCAAAAGAACACUUGAUCAGUCUUCACCAGGAGCACCUCCUGCACUUGCUGGAAAUGGGAGACACUGAAAAGGCUUUGCAGCUCUUAGAAAGAAUAGAAGACUCUGAUAUGCGCCUUGUGAUAAGCGAACAGUCUCUUGACAAGCAUCCCAGCUUGGCAGCCUCUCACUUCCUAGCCAAUUAUCUCACUACCCACUUCUACAAGUACCUGACAGCUACACGCCAUAACGAAAUCCAGGCUCUCUACAUGGGAUCAAAGGUGUUGCUGACUCUUCCUGAGCCCUACCGUGCUAGCUACUCCCACCUGUCCUCCAGGCCUCUGCUCAUGCUGGAGCAGCUGCUCAUGAACAUGAAGGUAGAUUGGGCAGCCGUGGCCGUGCAGACGCUGCACCAGCUCUUGGUUGGGCAGGAGAUUGGCUUCACUGUGGAAGACAUGGAUGCUUUGCUCUCCAAGUAUUCAGAGAGAGCCCUUCACUUCCCCUACUCAUUAAAAGAGAAGAGAUCAGAUUCUGUGAUUCGCAUCCAAGAGAGUCUCAAUCAGGUAUCUGAGUCAGAUACCUCGUCUAAAUCAGGAUCAGCAGAACUGUCUCCUGCCAGUUUUCCUGGUAUCAUCCAAUCUUCAAGUCCGAGAGAGAGAAGCCUGCCUCGGAAUCUGUUUCCUCAAGAGUUUGUGCCACCUGAGGUGCCACCGUCAAAGCAGCAAUGGAUCCCUGAUGAAACUGAAAUUACAUGCAUGGUCUGUAAAACGGAACGUUUUACUAUGUUUAAUAGGCGCCAUCACUGCAGACGUUGUGGGAGGUUGGUGUGCAGUUCUUGCUCUACCAAGAAAAUGGUGGUGGAAGCUUGUAGAGAAAAUCCGGCUCGUGUAUGUGACCAGUGCUACAGCUACUACAGCAAGCAUUGUCCACCUGUCUUAGCCCAAGACACAAGCAUCACAAAAGAGGAAGAUCAAGACUUGAAGGAAGCAGUACAGACCUGUGGUAACGGAGGUUUGGAUUGCUCUGUAGUGAUGAGAGUACCCAAGGCAACUGAACUUGAGUGGCUUCUUUCUCUGAGUGAAGAUGAAAAUGAAAUUGUGCGUAACGAAUUUUAUUAUGAACAGGCCCCUAGUUCUUCCUUGUGUAUUUCCAUCCUCAGUCUGCACUCAGAUAGCACAGCAUGUGGCCACCAGCUGAUACAGUGCUGCUGUAAAUUGUCCCAAGGUCUGAUUAACCCUGAAGUGGAUGCUGGGCUUCUCAUGGACAUCAUGAAACAGCUGCUUUUCAGUGCCAAGAUGAUGUUUGUAAAAGCUGGAAGGAGCCAGGAUCUAGCUUUGUGUGACAGUUACAUCAGCAAGGUGGAUGUGCUGAAUAUUUUAGUUGCUGCUGCCUAUCGCCAUGUACCAUCUUUGGAUCAGAUUCUGCAGCCUGCAGCAGUAACGAGGCUAAGGAAUCGGCUUUUGGAAGCAGAAUACUAUCAGUUAGCUGUUGAGGUUUCUACAAAGACUGGGCUGGAUCCAGGUGGCGCAUGGCAUGCCUGGGGUAUGGCUUGCCUUAAAGCUGGGAACUUAAGUUCAGCAAGAGAGAAAUUCAGCCGAUGCUUAAAGCCACCCUUUGAUCUGAACCAGUUGAAUCAUGGCUCAAGGCUAGUCCAAGAUGUGAUACAAUAUCUGGAGUCCACUGUGAAACCCAUACUCCUGGUGCAGGAUGAUGACUACUUUGCCACAUUGAGAGACCUGGAAGCAACCCUGAGGACACGAAGCCUGUCUCUGGAGAUGAUGUCCGAAGGGAAGAUCCAACACAACAGCUACUAUCAGGAGUGCUUGUUCUAUUUACACACUUAUGGCACCAACCUAGCAAUCAUUAGCUUCUACAUGAGACAUGACUGCAUGCGAGAAGCACUUCUGCAUUUGUUAAAUAAGGAGAGCCCACCGGAAGUGUUCAUUGAAGGGAUCUUUGUCCCAAGUUAUAAAAGUGGGAAACUGCACAUGUUGGAGAACUUGCUGGAAACCAUUGAUCCAAGUCUGGAGAGCUGGGGCAUCUACCUGAUUGCAGCCUGCAAACACUUGCAGAAAAAGAACUACUACCACAUUCUGUAUGAACUGCAGCAGUUUAUGAAGGAUCAUGUCCGUGCUGCCAUGACCUGCAUUAGAUUCUUCACUCACAAGGCAAAGUCUUACACAGAGCUGGGAGGCCAACAGAAAUGGCUCCUGAAGGUCAAGGACCACCUCAAAAUCUACCUGCAGGAGGUUUCAAGGAGUUCCGGAAGGAAAAAAGCUGCUUGCACUUUUCGGAAGAAAAUGACAGCCACUGAUGUAUCAAGGCACAUCAAUACAGUUGAGCUACAGAUGGAAGUCACCAAGUUCCUGCAUCGGUGUGAGAGUUCAGGGACCUCUCAGAUAACUGGCUCAACCUUGCCCACUCUCUUUGGAAACAAUCACAUGAAGAUGGAUGUAGCUGGCAAGGUCAUGCUGGAAGGGAAGAACAUUGAAGAAGGUUUUGGAAUUGCAUUCAGAGUCCUCCAGGACUUCCAGCUGGAGGCUGCAGCUGUGUACAGUAAAGUGGCCAAGGUGCUGGUGAAGCAGCAGAACUACAGUGAGAUCCGGCAGCUCCUUAAAUGCGUCAAUGAGUCUGGAGUUGCAGCCAAAAAUGACGGGGAUAUCAUCAUCCUAAACUGCCUGGAUGAGUUUAAGGAUAUCCCCUCUGAGGAUCUGGACAAUCUGAUCCAGGAUAUGGACAGCGACGAAAACAAGAUCCAAGCCUACCUGAUGUGCAACAAGCUGCGUUCUGCCUACCUGGUCUCCGUGAGACAAGAGAAUACCAGAGCCGUGCAGCUGGUGCAGCAUGUGCGGCAGUUGGCCGAGAACAGCGGGGAAGAUGUUGUGCAAGCCAUCUGUGCCCAGUGGCUUUCAGUGCACCAGUCCAAACAAAAAAGCAGGUUCACCCAGACCACUAGGAAAUAACUACCAGGCACCAGCAUCCAUAAAGGGAAGACUUCAUAUGGCACAGAGAAGAGCAGCUCGGUGAUCUCUCAGUGAGAGUGAAGUGGCAAGCAGGAGCUGCUAGAGUGCCUGUAGCUAAAGGGAAGGAAUACAAGUGCCAAUCCUGUGUUCUGAUGACCAACAAUCUAUAUCUCAGGGUGUUUUCUGUGUGUUUUAAACCUGAACAAGCAAGACUAAGGAUUAUGGAGAAACGCACUUUUCUCCUCUUUCCAAGAGGCGUUGCACUCUUUUUUGCCAUGGGUUUGUUUUAACCCAGUAAACCUGUGUAUAGUUGAUGACCAAAUCCCAUCCCAUCCCAUCCCAGCUCACUGUACGUUGAAACAUAAAUCUCUUUGAUUUCUAUUAGCCAGAGCCAUUUUAUAAUGGAUCUAUCAUUGCAAUGGUUGAAGAGUUUUGUUUCCAUUUACAUAGACUUGGGACUGAACUUUUGAGGUGACUUUUUAAAGAUCUAUACUAAUUAUCACUAAGUUUUUUACACUAGCACAGUAUGUGCAAAUCCUUUAGUUGGUUUGAAAGGCAAUGGCUGGUUGUAUAUGGCAGGUGUCUCUAUGCUGAAAUCACUGACAAGUGUUUGCCUGCUGCUUGGGCCCUUGGAUGGAUGGAUGUAAUUGGAACGGGAUGCAGUACAAGGGGGAAAAGCUUGAAAUAGGAUAAGAAUGUCUGUGAGAAUUGUUUUACCUCUUGCUUCCCUAGUUUAAUCCACUAAGUGGAUUAAACUGCUGUGAUACAACUGUCAUUGGAUAGUCGCAAGGACUCUUAUGUCCUUUUCCAUAGUGUAAACAAGCUGAGCUAUACACCCCUUGCACUAUAGGGAAAGCACCUUGCUUUUAUAAAAGGGUUAAAAUGGUGAAAUUUAAUCACACAGCAAAGUUAUAGACUGCUGAACCAUGCAAUGAGUGUCCUUACCAAAGCAAUCUUUCCCCUUCUGACAAAGUGAAACAUUUUGGACUGAAUUGUUAUAUACUUUAAAAUAGAACCACCACCACCCAUUUGUUCCUGGGGUGAAAAAAUGGCUCAGACUGUCUGGAAUACACUGGGGACUGGCAGGCAACAGGCAUCCUAUAGCUCAAGUGAUGUCCCUGUAUUAGUUGCUGCUGCACAGAAUCUCUUUCCCCAGUUGUCUGCUGCUGACUAGAAACAGACCAAAAGCCACGCUCCCCUGGUCUACUUCAUUUAACAGCAUGUUUCUCUGGUGGAAAGUGAUUCUGUUCAGGGGCAUUUGGAUUUGGCUACUGCUUCUCUGCAGCUGAUAAUCAGAGAAGAGGGAAAAGUAGGAUGGAGAAACAGGCAGCAGAGAAUGGAAGAAGCAGAAAUGAGUGAUGGUUUAAAAAGAAGUUCCUUAACUUUGGCAGCCCACAACAUGCUUGUAGUGCAAUGGAUGUAGACUGCUAACAUUUAGAGAUGGGCAACUCAAUUUCCCUUUCAGUAGCUCCCAGUGUAUUACAGUCAGCUGGCUCGCUUACAGCCAAAUGAAAUCUAUAAAGAUGUUUAGUUUCUGGAAGUGUAAUAUAACUAAUUCCAUUGUACAAGGUAAGCUAAGCAGGCAAAUAGAGUCCUUGUGAUAGACCACAGACCUCCAAUGAGAUGAAAAGGACGUGGUUGACCUCAUUUUGAGUGUUUCAUGACCACUGUCCCACUGACUCAAACUUCUCUCCCUGCUGGAGAUAAUUAGCUCAUUGGAUCUGGGGUUAGAAAUAGCUCCGAUCUUAGAAUCCGGGAUGACCACACUUAGCUUCCAGAAUCUCCUAACCCCAGAUCUCAGAGAUCCCAUUAGUAAGGGUCAUAAAAGCUGCUUUUAUUGUCUCAGCCAGACAGAACUGGCCUUGCAGUGUGCUCCAGGGGUUAGGCUUGUCUUGUUGGGUGUGAUACUUUUUAUGACCUGGGUUGAUACCAAAUCUAUAAAUAAAUAUGGGUAGAGAGGUCUGUACUGUGUCCACUGAUGCAGUAAAUACCAUUCUGUAUGCAUCUGUGAGAGGAACUUGAACAUUAUAGAAGGAAAGAAUGGUGCCUGCCAGGUAGUCCAGCCAUUCUUGUGCCUGUCUUUCUGCUUGACUUCUUUGCACUUUAUUUUACGCACUUUAUCUAAUGUUUGUUGCAAUUUUGAUAGUGCUUAACUUAGAAUUCUAAGGAUCUUUUUCUUACCAGCAGAACUAGAACUGGAAUUUUGGCCCUGAUCCUAAAAGACUUGUCACGAGUAGUGCAGUUAAUGUUGGGCUUAAAAACCCAAAGCAUAAAAAUGGAUUGAACACUAGUAGUAGUUGAAAGAGCCAUUUGUCCGUUAACAGUUAUAAUUUGUUUACAAUGAACAAAGGAAAAUAAAGUAUUAUCAGCAAA